GCGCGGCGAUUGAGCUGGUCAUUCCACGUCCGCCACUGAUCGCAAGAUGACGCUCCCGAAGCUGCCCCCCAAGUGCAUUCUACUCCUGGUGCUGCUGCUCCUGCUGGACUCCAGCCUGGCCAGGUCGCAACAGUUCUUCGUCGCCGAGGAUGUGAUAACAGGAACGCCAACUGGAACGGAAACUGCAGCUGCCAGCAGAACCGUUUUUGGUGAUGAUCAAUUGCCCAUCAACGAUCCAUCGGAUCUAAGUGCUGGUUUAAAUUUGGCGCCCGUUGGCAGUCUGAUUGCGGCAGCAGCGAAUGCCGAACCCCCUGCCCCCGUUCAAUUUAUUCGCACGGCCAUGAACAGCGGGCUCUGACCGCCAGGUGGCGCUAACCUGAAUUCUGAAACACCCCAAAAAUAAUUGUCUCUAAUUUUUAGCCGCCUUUUUGGGCACACGUUUUAAUUACUUUGUUAAGCUGCAUUUUUGUUUUUUUUUUUCUGUUUUUCAUUAAGCUGAACUGCUUUGGUUUUGUUUGCUGCCUUAAUGUGUGUUUGUGUCGAGCCAAGUGCUAUAAAUGAUUUUAUAAUACUCGUUUAAUCUGGUUACGACUUUUUCGGAGCGAUAAAAACUGUGCAGUUUGGGACUCAGUUUUCAAAGCCAUUUGUUAUCUAAAUGUGUUAUCAAGGAAAUUUCUGUUACGUUACUAUUUUUCAAUCUAACUUGGCUGCAGCUCUUAAAUGGCGAGCAAUGCUAUCCGUAAUACUUAUUUAUAUAUAAAGUUAAAAUGUUAUAAAUUUCAAAAACAAUUUUGUAAUUUUUUAAAUCUUCACUUUGAUUUUAGAAAGAUCACACAAAUAUUUAAUAAUAAUAUUAUAUUAUAUCAUGGUUA